AUGUCCAAGCGCGAUAGGCGCAUUCAAGCUCUGAUCCGAGCCCACGGAACCUCAAUCCGACGCAGGGUCAAAACACCACCAGCAUCCACGACUGUGCAAGAAUGCGCUUCUCAGUGGCCAGCGGAUCCUUCGGAUGGCAUUGAUCGCCGCGAUGCUCUCGGGUACGGGCGCACACGUCUGACCAAAGAUGAUGAUCGCCAGACCGCUGUUCUUCAUCGAGGACCGGUCUCCCUUCUUAACACCUCUGACCCCGCGUACUUGGCCGUCAUCUUAUAA